CUUUUCUCUUUCUUUAUUUACUUUGGCAACAGUAAGUUUCUUGUAAUAAUGCAGAUUCGCUAAGUUGUACAAAGGCCGGAGUCAGUGCGGUUGCUGUCGUGAUAGUACUGUUUACUGAAGGAAGGCGAUUUCAGCCCAAAGUGGACACAAGCAUGUUUUGCCGUGAAGUCCGAGUUUUUCCUGGAAAAAUAUUCAGUAGAAAGGACGUUUUUAUGAGUGCUGAGGUUCGUGUAUCAGCGCGCUGCGUCUGAACUUUGGCAGCGGCUCAUUCGUUAGUUUCAUUCUACUAGAGCUUUUCACACGCGUCAAACACACAGUUCACCGUGGACUGUUUGAAGAAGUGUUUUUAUUCUUUAUCAUUGGUAUAUUUUACCGGGUAAAAUAAUGUGCCAUGCCGUUUGUAGAGUUCAUCGCAGGAUGGAUUUCAGGUGCUGUUGGUUUAGUUGUUGGACACCCUUUGGACACAGUAAAGGUGCGCUUGCAGACCCAGGCUGUGUAUAGAGGAAUAUUUGAUUGUGUGGUCAAAACAUACACACAUGAAGGAUGCCGUGGAUUUUUUAAGGGCAUGUCAUUUCCUGUCCUCUCUAUAGCCAUUAGCAACUCUGUGGCCUUUGGUUCGUACAGUAAUGCACUGGAUUACCUCACUCAGUCACAUCGCAACAACUCUGACCAAAGCAAGCAGCCCUCACUCACUGCUGUGUUCAUGGCCGGCUGUUUUUCAGGUUUAGCACAGUUGUUUGUUACAGCUCCGAUAGACCUGGUCAAAGUGCGUCUGCAGAACCAGACAAAAUCAGGUGGAAAUAAGUAUAGAGGCCCCAUACAUUGUAUUGCUGUGAUCUUAAGAGAGGACGGGGUGAAAGGCCUUUUCAGAGGAAUAUGGGCUCUUGCCCUGCGGGACGUGCCUUGUUUUGGACUUUACUUCUUGCCAUAUGAGCUGACCUGCAGGAUGCUGACGGAGAAAGGAAAGCAACCAGGUAACUGUGCCGUGCUGGUGGCUGGUGGUGUCGCUGGUGUGGUCACGUGGGCCUGUGCCACCCCUAUGGACGUGGUGAAGGCUCGACUGCAGAUGUGUGGCGGUGGGGGUCGCGUGUACAGCGGUGUGCUGAACUGCAUUACUGUGAGUGUGCGUGAGGAGGGCAUGCGGGUCUUCUUCAAAGGCCUUCUUCUGAACAGCGUAAGAGCGUUCCCUGUGAACGCCGUGACCUUCCUCAGCUUUGAGAUGCUGCUGAGAGCCAUGACCGACUCCUCUCAGGACUGAGGGAGUGCUGCAUGGGUUAUGGAUUUUUGUAGGCCAAAACCCAGAAAUGAGUUUGCAAGUUAGCAGUUUAAUAAUUACAUUGUUCUGAAGUCAGUGUUUUUUUUGAGUGGGGGGUUAAAUGGUUGCAAGAUAGUUUCAUCUGUAAAAGAACACAUAAGUAAAACACAGUGUGAUUUUUUUUAAAAAGCUUUUCACAUCUUGAAAAAGGCAGUUUGCUAAAAAGGGACUACAGACAUUGUCAGGACAUUAAACAUAUAAGCUCAUCUACUCACUAGUCACUUUCACAGCCUCGUCUUGAUAAUCGCACACUUGCAAACUACUCUACCUACAACUUUUCAGGAGUUGUCGUCACAUUCAUGUGACUGUGGUUUGAUUAAUUUAUAGCCUACAUUUUUAUAUCUAGGCAUUAAAAUUCAUAAAAGUUCAUUUUUGACGUUUUUGGUCACAGAGCUUAUUUUUGGCAGUUAUCUGAAUGCCAAUGGAAAAAAUCUUAGCUUUUUUUUUUUUUUUUUUUUUGUCAAGGGAAUUGGGGUUCUUCAUGCCUCUAUUAGUCCCUAUAAAUAAGCUGUUGCCAUCAUAUUAGCAGCACUGAUUUUGAUUUAUCCCAGUGACUUGAAUAAGUUUGACCUGACUUGAAGAUUGUUCAGAGGUUCAUUCAGUUACUUUCUGUAAGCUACAUCAUCACACUAAAAGCUAAGGACCAGACAGAGCUGUCUUAUUAUUAGUUACAUUUAUAUAGCACUUUUACCAUUGUCAUCCAAACUUUGUGGGCAAAAUCCAGUAAAUUUUGUAGGAAUCCAUGCAAUGAGGAGUUUUAGUGAGGACAAAAAGGUUCCACAUACAUGCAGAUUUUGCUAAUGUUUAAGCUGGUCGCGAAAAUUUGUCACGCUGACCGAAAGACAGAAAGAUGUUUGGUUUGAAAAUGACUUAAUUUUUCUGAGCUGUGCUUCAUGAAUUGCUACACUAUGGCAUACAAAAUGUGUAUGCUAUAUGCUGGUUAGCAUCUUUGUGGUCAUAGUUGUUUAGUAUAACCAUACUGUUUAGAAAAAACAAUAACAAAUUAUUUGUUCACCAACAAAAUACAGUUUUCAUCCAUUUUUGGCAAACUAUAUGGCUUUUCCAACACCCGAUGUUGAUAUCUAGUGUAGUAAUAACAAUGUCAAUUUGUAUUAGAUACAGUAAAAUUUAAUGUCAAAGUUGGUAGAUUUCUGAAAUGGGCAAAUGGAGUUAAGGUGACAUUAUAGCUCAAAGGCCAAAUAUGGGCUCAUUAUCAGCCUGGUCAAUGUGUUAAUUUUUUAUUUUAUUUUUUUGAAUGUAUUUUAGUCUCAUCUCUUUACCAAGGUUGCAUUUAUUUCAUCCUUAAUACAAUAAAGAAGUAAUACUUAAAAUAUUAUUAAAAUUAAAAAUAAGUGUUUUCUAUUUGAAUAUGUUUUAAAAUGUAAGUUAUUGCUAUGAUCAAAGCUGAAUUUUCAGCAUCAUUACUCCAGUCUUCAGUGUCACAUGAUUCUUCAGAAAUCAUUCUAAUAUGCUGAUUUCUGAUUAUUAUUCAUGUUUGAUGCUUAGUAUUUUUGUAGAAACCAUUAUAACUACCACUCAUAAGUUAAGGGUAUGAAAUGAAUACUUUUUAUUCGGCAAGUAACAGUAAAGACAUUUAGAAUAUUAAUUCAGCAUAUCAGAAUGAUUACUGAAGGUUCAUGUGACAUUUAAGACAGGAGUAGAAUGGCUUUUGUAUGAUACAUUCAUGGAUAAGACACAUGGCAUAACUAUCUGAAGUACCUGCCUGGUUAUUGUUGCUAAGUUACUACAGAAGCUGUUUUCAGCCACGGAAGGUUUAACACCUAAUCUGUCAUUUUAUUUUUUUUUAUUAGUAUUACUAUUAUAGUUUUAUUAUAUUUUAGGUUUAAUGUUAAAGACCCUAUCCCAGCUUAAUGUGCAGUCAACUAUGUAAACCAUUUAUAGAUACAGAAAGUGUAAAGCUUUGCUCUAUCAAAAACACUGCUCUGUUUGAGUGUCUCAUUUGAUAAACGAUUAUUAUAUUUCCAAUACCGAAAUUUCUUACUUCAGCUUUAACAUAACCUUUUUUAUUAAUACAUUUAUAAGCACCAUUAAGUAAAUGUAUAUUUAUACUAUAUUUUUAUGAAAAGCCUUUGACUUGUUAACACUACCUUUUAAAAUCUGGAAAUCUGUAAAAAUGUUGUUGUUGAACAGUUAUUUUUUGAAUGUAUGUAAC